AUGGCAACACUACUUUAUCCUUCCAAUUCGGGCCUUGCGCGGGAUGCUUCAAUCAACUGCUCUACGCUACAACCAUUACAACUAUCUACAUUGGGCACAACGCAAUUCCCAUGGCUAUCACCUUUCACUCCAACUCAAAGCGAGAGGGAUUUCCUGCUAGGAAAGCCAUUGGAGGAACCGCUUUCCAAUAUGCCAGCUACAAACCAACAGUCAGAAACGCCAGAAACCCCAGUUCAACGGACUCGGCGGUCUUCAACGAAGUCUUCAACGAAGUCUACAAAACAGACCGAGGAUAUCAGCCCGGAGAGAGCCAAGCAUCUUGAGCGCAAUCGCAUUUCCGCCAACAAAUGCCGAAAGAAGAAGAAGAAGGAGCACGCAAAGAUGCAGAGAUUGUUGAACACGGAAACAGCCAAACACGCUUCCUUGCUGUCCGAGGUGGGCCUAUUGAAGGACGAGCUGUGGUACCUCAAAAACAUGAUCUUUGAACACGCCAAAUGCGAGCAUCAAAGUAUCAACAAUCAGCUUGCCAAAAUGACGCAAAGCGUCCUUGAAAGCAGCUCAGGGCAGCUUAAAUGCCCCUCUCCGGCCUUUUCAACGAGUACGUGGUCCGAUGGAUCGGUAUUAGAAGAACCAGGGGCACCUGAGCAGUCGGUCACCCUUCCAGCAGGGGUUGCUAGUUACGGGCGAUGUCCUGAAUCUAUGUUUGAUAGUUUUAUUGAUCUUCCGACCUGA